UUAGUUUUUGCCGCGAAACAGCCGCACUGAGCAGCUUUGUCUCCGGCAGAUUACAGUCGGUUUAGUUUUUUCUUUUCAGUUAGAAAAACUCGUUUUUUCCGCUCAGCUUCUGUUCGUGUGUUUGAUCGCCGAGCUGAAUCAGAAUGUCAGGUUUUGACGACCCCGGAGUUUAUUACAGUGACAGCUUCGGAGGAGGAGAGGGACCCGGAGUGGAUGAAGGAGGACAGAAGAGGAUCCAGAUCAAGAAGAGGUUCAGGGAGUUCCUCCGGCAGUUCAGAGAGGGAACCGACCGAACCGGCUUCACGUAUAAAUACAGAGAUGAGCUGAAGAGACACUACACCCUGGGGGAGUACUGGGUGGAGGUGGAGAUGGAGGACCUUGCCAGCUUUGACGAGGAUCUGUCUGACUGUCUGUACAAGCUGCCUUCUGAGAACCUGCCUCUGCUGGAGGAAGCUGCGAAGGACGUAGCUGAUGAGGUGACUCGUCCUCGGCCUGUAGGCGAGGAGACCGUCCAGGACAUCCAGGUCAUGCUGAAGAGCGACGCACAUCACGCGUCCAUCCGCAACCUCAAGUCCGAGCAGGUGUCUCGUCUGGUGAAGGUUCACGGCAUCAUCAUCUCAGCCACGGCAGUCAAAGCCAAGGCCACCAAGGUGUGUCUUCAGUGUCGCGGCUGUCGCGCCAGCAUCAACAACGUCCCUCUGCCUCCAGGCCUGCAGGGUUACGCUCUGCCACGCAAGUGCAACAACGAGAAUGCGGGCAAGAUGAAGUGUCCCGUUGACCCCUACUUCAUCAUCCCGGACCGCUGCGUUUGUGUCGACUUCCAGACGCUCCGCCUUCAGGAGUCUCCGGAUGCCGUGCCACAUGGAGAGAUGCCGCGUCACCUGCAGCUUUACUGUGACAGGUAUCUGUGUGACCGUGUGGUCCCAGGCAACAGGGUGACCAUCAUGGGGAUCUACUCCAUCAAGAAGAUGGCUGCUGCUAAGGCCAAAGGCAAAGAGAAGGGCGUCGGCGUGGGCAUCCGGGCCUCCUACCUGAGAGUGGUCGGCAUCCAGGUGGACACAGAAGGAGCAGGCCGUGGUGCGACUGGAUCAGUGUCUCCACAGGAAGAGGAGGAGCUCAGAGGACUGGCUGCUUCACCUAAAGUCUACGAAUCUCUGGCCCACUCUGUAGCUCCCUCCAUCUACGGCAGUGACGACCUGAAAAAGGCCAUUACCUGUCUGCUGUUUGGAGGCUCGAGGAAAAGGCUACCCGAUGGUCUGACUCGUAGGGGCGACAUCAACCUGCUGAUGCUGGGGGAUCCUGGUACAGCCAAGUCUCAGCUGCUCAAGUUUGUGGAGAGAUGCUCGCCUAUCGGGGUUUAUACCUCCGGUAAGGGCAGCAGUGCGGCUGGUCUGACUGCUUCAGUGCUGAGGGACCCCAGCACCCGUGGGUUUGUCAUGGAGGGGGGAGCCAUGGUGCUGGCUGAUGGUGGAGUUGUGUGCAUUGAUGAGUUUGACAAGAUGAGAGAAGAUGACAGAGUAGCCAUCCAUGAAGCCAUGGAGCAGCAGACCAUCUCCAUCGCUAAGGCUGGCAUCACCACCACCCUGAACUCUCGCUGCUCUGUGCUCGCUGCUGCCAACUCCGUGUUCGGCCGCUGGGACGACACCAAGGGGGAGGACAACAUCGACUUCAUGCCCACCAUCCUGUCCCGUUUCGAUAUGAUCUUCAUCAUCAAAGACCAGCACGACCAGCAGAGAGACAUGACUCUGGCUCGCCACGUGAUGAACGUCCACCUGAGCGCUCAGACGCAGACGGAAGGUGUGGAGGGCGAGAUUCCUCUGGCCACUUUCAAGAAAUACAUUGCCUAUGCAAGAACUAAAUGUGGCCCUCGUCUCUCUGCGGCGGCUGCUGAGAAACUGAAAAACCGAUAUGUGGUGAUGAGAAGUGGAGCUCGAGAGCAUGAAAGAGAGACGGACAAAAGACCCUCCAUCCCCAUCACUGUCAGGCAGCUGGAGGCCGUCGUACGAAUCGCAGAGUCUCUGGCCAAGAUGAAGCUGCAGGCUGUGGCCGGAGAAGAAGAGGUCGAUGAAGCCCUCAGACUCUUCCAGGUUUCCACUUUAGACGCUGCACUGUCUGGAAGCCUCUCAGGAGUGGAGGGCUUCACCUCUCAGGAGGACCAGGAAAUGAUCGCUCGUGUGGAGAAGCAGCUGAAGAGACGCUUUGCUAUCGGAUCCCAGGUGUCUGAACACAGCAUCGUGCAGGACUUCACCAAGCAGAAAUAUCCGGAGCACGCCAUCUACAAAGUCCUCCACCUGAUGCUGAGGAGGGGCGAGCUUCAGCACCGCAUGCAGAGGAAGGUUCUCUACAGAGUCAAGUAGAGCAAGCCGCUCUAAUAAAAGCCCGUACUGUUGUUGAUGUAAAUAGUUUUUGUGCUGUUCCAUUUGCCGGCUGACAUCUUAGAAUAUUCCAUCUGGGCAGCAGCUGUCAGGUUCCAUGCGUCAGUAAAACGAUGUCACUGUUAAGAUGCUAUGAUGCUUUGUAUCGACUUAAAGAUGUUACUAAAUGUUUUGCAUAUUGUGUAAAGAAAUGAAUAAAAUGAAUAAAGAAAUAGAGAGUUGAA